AUGACAAACCUUCAGCCGCCCAAGACAGUUAAAGAUAUCAGAAGCUUCCUAGGACAUGCUGGGUUCUACAGGAGGUUCAUUAAAGAUUUCUCACAGAUAGCAAGGCCGCUAACACGCCUAUUAUGCAAGGAUAUUAACUUUGAGUUCACAGAGGAGUGUCACAAGGCUUUCACUAAGAUCAAAGAUGCAUUGGUCAGUGCGCCAGUGGUUCAACCUCCAAACUGGGAACUACCUUUUGAGAUAAUGUGUGAUGCAAGUGAUUAUGCAGUAGGAGCAGUGCUUGGACAAAGAAAAGACAAGAAGCUACAUGUGAUCUACUAUGCCAGCAGAACACUUGAUGAGGCACAAUGCAAGUAUGCCACAACAGAAAAGGAGCUUCUUGCUAUUGUCUUUGCAUUUGAGAAAUUUCGAUCAUACUUGGUGGGAUCAAAAGUUAUAGUUCACUCUGAUCAUGCAGCAUUAAGGUAUCUUUUAUCUAAGAAAGAUGCCAAGCCAAGAUUGUUGAGAUGGAUACUACUACUGCAAGAAUUUGAUCUUGAGAUCAAGGAUAGAAGAGGAGCAGAUAAUGGAGUAGCUGAUCAUCUUUCAAGGAUGAGAGUUGAAGAAAAUCUACCCCUUGAUGAUAGGCUACCUGAAGAAUCAGUUUAUGCAGCUGAAGCUAGCAAUAAGCAUGGACAACUAGGCCAUCACAGGCCAGGAACAAAGAUCUCAUCAUCAAACACACCAUGGUUUCGCCACAUAGCAAACUUCCUUGCAGCUGAAUACCCACCACCAAACUUCUUUGGCUACAGAAAGAAGAAGUUUCUGCGUGAUGUAAGAAGGUACUACUGGGAUGAACCUUACUUAUACAAGAAAUGUUCAGAUGGAAUGUUUAGAAGAUGCAUACCAGAGGAAGAGGUAGAAGGAAUAUUGUUUGCUUGUCAUAGUUCUAGUUAUGCAGGCCACUUUGCCACUUACAAGACAGUAUCCAAGGUCCUACAAGCUGGAUUUUGGUGGCCAACAAUGUUUAAGGAUGCUCAUGCAUUCAUAUCAAGAUGUGAUGCUUGCCAAAGAAUGGGAAAUAUAAGCAAGAGGAAUGAGAUGCCACAGAACUUUAUACUAGAAGUUGAAGUUUUUGAUGUUUGGGGCAUUGACUUUAUGGGACCCUUCCCAACCUCUUUUGGUGACCAAUACAUUCUAGUGGCAGUUGAUUAUGUCUCUAAAUGGGUGGAAGCCAUUGCCAGCCCUACUAAUGAUGCACAAGUGGUCAUCAAGAUGUUUAAAUCCAUCAUUUUUCCAAGGUUUGGAGUGCCUAGGAUAGUCAUAAGUGAUGGAGGUUCACAUUUCAUCAACAGAAUCUUUGCCAACCUUUUGAAGAAGCAUGGAGUCACUCACAAAGUUGCCUCUCCUUACCACCCCCAAACUAGUGGACAAGUUGAGAUCUCAAACAGAGAACUCAAGAGCAUACUUCAGAAGACAACAGGCAAGACAAGAAAGGAUUGGAGUGCCAAACUAGAUGAUGCUCUAUGGGCAUACGCACUGCCUUCAAAACACCACUUGGUACCACCCCCUUUCAUCUUGUCUAUGGUAAAGCAUGUCAUUUACCUGCAUCUGGCUUAUGAGAAUUCAAAGAUCUAUAAGGAGAGAACCAAAGCUUUCCAUGACCGCAAGAUCAUCCCAAAGAACUUUGCGCCAAACGACCAAGUUCUACUAUUCAACUCAAGGUUGAAACUCUUUCCAGGAAAGCUUCGCUCAAGAUGGUCAGGACCAUUCAGGAUUAAAGAAGUUCGCCCCUAUGGAGCAGUGGUACUAUGGGACCAAUGGGAGGAGACUUUACAGUCAAUGGACAAAGGUUAA